AUGCCGUGCCAGCUCGUAUUCCCUGACGAUACGAUGGCCAUUGGUUCGCCGCCGCCCGCACGCGGUUUGCUGCUUCCAGAAGCUGAGAAUGGGCAGGAGACCGAGGAAGAGAGGCAAAGACGGCUUCUGCAGAACGAGCCGAUCGUGGUUUACACUUCGUUGUCAGAGGAUGAGGUGAUCAUGCCAGAAAUAGCACGCCGCGGUGUGGCUUUGUUGACCAUCGUCGCCCUGCAAAUGGUCUGCAUCAUUGUCAUCCUUACUGGUGGUGAGGAGGACCAGCUCUUCGAGCCCAAUCAGGAGACCCCGAGCACCGUGCAGGUGACGCUGUACACAUCACAGCUCCUGAUUUCGCCUGCUUUCCUCGUCGCAUUCUACCUGUGGAGUGUUGACAUCAUGAAGCUCUACACGGUUUUGAACCAGCUUGAGCUUGUUCUGACUGCCACGCUUGCACUACGCAGUCCGUUGGACCUGCUCGUUUGUGCUUUGUACGUCCCGAUCGUCUUGCUCAGCGACUGUCUGCGCUCCUUGAUGAUGCCACAUUGCUUUAUGAUACGUGGCUGA